CCGAGUUGGGCGGCCCAUUCUCCCCCUGUUGUCGCGUCACCGAGUUCCCUUGUCCCCCGCAUUCCAGCCAGGGAGCUCUGUGUGGCUCAGACCAGACCGAGCUUCCCGGCAAGCAAGCCGCUCAAGCUGGAAAACUGUUGAUUGAAGCCGCCAAUUUGUGCGGCCACUUCCGCACUUCUCGCUCGAUAAUCGUCCCCUUGUCUCGGUCUUCUCCUUUUUGGUCCAUUCUCAUCCACCAGGUCCAAACCUUGUCCCUGGCCAGUCACCACCCUCAUGAUUCGCACUGGGGUGCGGACGUGCAAGACACACACAGACAACCCCCCGCGCAUGAAUAACCUCAAACCGGCGCCCCCAAACCCCCUCCUUGCUCUGACCAGACAAACACGCCGCGUUCCGUUCUGCUCACAUAAGCAUAGGGCCCUUUCUUACAGCAUCCACCGGCAUGUCUUGGAUCCGGCCAAUCUGCCCCCACUGCUACGUAGCGUGCGGGGCGCCUUGUUCCCCAACAACAUGCCCGCCGGCAAGCCGGCGCUGGUCGCGCCCGCUUCCGGCGCGGAGCUUCGCGCCCUCAAGCGUAGGUGCGCUAGCGCCCUUUGGGGGCUUCUCCCGAAAGGAAUAGGAAGGCUGUAUUUUGGCGGUGGCCUGCUGCUGCCGCUCCGAGCUAAUCCCGUUUCGACGGGGACGAAGGAAAAACCGGAAGGAUCUGCAGAGCUGAAGACAGCUAGUAGCAAGCGCAAGCAUGACAGGGACGGGGACAGGGACAAGGUCGCAUCGACAUCGAGGCUCUCGACAACAAGAACAACGACGGCGUCGACAACGAUGACAAGGGCGACCGAAACGGGAAAGCCGGCGCGGAUCGAAACGGCGACGACGCCACAGCCUCCUCCUCCCUCUAGUGCGCAGAUGCGGCAAGCACCACGACAAGAAGGGCCAAGAGCGGGUGCAGGAUCAUCCUCCUCCUCCUCCACCUCACCGUCCCACCAGUCCCGGCGGUCCGCUCCCGCUCCGACGCCGAAGACCGGCGGUCAGGGCCUUGUCGCUCUCACCGAUACUAGCGCUGGCGCUGCUGACGCCGAUCACCCGCCACCGCUCCCGCCGUCGUCUGCAUCGCUGUCUCGUCCCACUAACACUGCUGCUGCUGCUGCUGCUUCUGGCCUUGACGCUAGCGCCGCCGCCAGCGAGGAAGAUGUGAGCGCUUCUUGCGCUGGUGGCGCCGGGGCGGCGACGCGGCUGGCGCCGGGCGAGGGCGCUCAGAAGGGACGUCGCGAUCACCAUCGCGAUCGCGAUGCUGGUGGGGAUCCAUCUACUUCUCCUUCUUCUUCUCCUUCUUCUGCUUCUGAUGAUGAUGGCGAAGAUAAUAAGGGUAAGCACCCCCCUGACGAGGACGACGAGGAGAUCCUCCAAGAGAUUGAGCGGCGCAUCCUGGACGUCUUCUCGGACGCGUACUGCAACAAACACCUUGUGUAUGGCAUGCUGGAGCUGGUGCUCGUGCGGUUGCUGCCGGAGUUAACGGAGAAGGGGGUGCUGCAGCUCUGGGAGGAGAGGAUCCCCGGAGUGUCGGAGGCGUGAGUAAGUUUGAUACAUAGUGUAGUUACCAUCAGUUCUCGUCCGUAAUAACACACACACACAUGUUGCGGUGAGAGGUGAGAGGGGAGGAGUGGUGGGUGUGCAGGAAGCAUUACUCCGUGCUGAGACCUCGUGUUCACUCUCGAGAUGACCCGACUCAGAUGAGGGACCUUUGUCUUGAAAUGCAGAGGGCCGCCGAGACUUGUGAUUUGCUGGAG